AUGCCGGACGAAGCGGCACAGCCGAUUCACAAGCGCAGGCGGGUCACCGUGGCCUGCGACAGCUGCCGUUCUAAAAAGUCAAAGGUAUUCCUCUCACAGCUCCGUUGCGCCGGCUACGAUUUCAUCUGUACGUGGAACGAGCGGGAAUAUGACCGCUCUGCUGCCAGGCGGUCAUCGAAAACACCGGCAUCCUCUUAUGGCCCGCCCCAAUAUAACUCGUUUCACCAAUGCCAGCAUCUUGUCCGACAGCUUUGUGACGGCCUCUCUGAAGGGGCCAUGGCUGAGGUCGAGGAAAGUCUGGCUCUUAUACAGACUCAUCUUGAUCAGGCCGCCUCGCAAGGCACAACAAACUCCACAAAGCAGCACCAGAUUACAUAUUCAAGCUCCAACUCCCCUCAGCGGCAUGCACCGAGGUACCUAGGUGAAGUGAGCGACAUUCAAUUCUUCAAUCUGGCGAAGCGAACGUUAGGAGAUGUGGGGUCCUCCCCCGAGGAAGUUGAGGAAGUAGUCGACAGUUAUGACCAGGAGGAGGCCAUUCCCGCAAGACAGAUGCGAUAUGAGCUAUCUGUACUGCCCGACCCAGUAAAAGCUGAGGAAUACUUGGAGGCAUACUUCACCACCAUUCAUAUUGCAUAUCCUUUCGUUCCCAAGGCCUCAUUUAUGAGGACGUAUCGAUCAUUACGAUCGGGAGGCGAUAUUGAUAGCCUCAGUCCUGCUUGGCUUGGAUUACUAUAUGCUCUACUUGCCAUUGGAAGCUACUACACUUCCUUCCCUCGAGAUGAAGACUCCGAAGGAGAGCAAAAUCUCCAUAUGAAAUAUUUUUUGAGGUCUCGCCAUCUGUCCGGCUAUGAAAAUCUCGAGAGAUCGGUGACUCAAGUGUCAACACUCCUUGCGCGAUGUUUCUACUUGCUCGCCACUUCAAAGACAGACAGAUGCUGGAUCACUCUCGGUCUGGCCAUCCGACUUGCACAGAGUAUGGGCUUACAUGUAGAUCUCGCCACUGUCAAGAAAGGCCGCGAUCAUUUUGACUCGGUUUCUGAGCUACCGGAGAUUAGGAGAAGAGUCUGGUACUCACUAUACGUCUUAGAUCGAUUACUAGCUCUUCAGCUAGGUCGACCACCUGCUGUCUCCGAUGAGGAAUGCUACGUCUCUCUGCCUUCUGUCGUGGAUGAUAUGAAUCAUGACUGGGAGACAGAGCCUCUCCCCACCAUCUCGAAUGGCGAGAAGUCCGUUGGAGAGUACUUCCUGGAGAAUACGAGGAACCUGGAUGAGAUUCUCCUCGCAUGGAAGCAAAGGCUUCCUCGAUACCUUCGCUUUGAUGUAGGACAUGCAUUCGAGAAAUCAAUGAUAUUCAAGCGACAGUUCCCUGCAACAGAAUGUACAGUCAACGAACAGCACAGUCUGAUGCAGUGUUACGAGCAAAUUUGUAUCAGCGAGGCACAAGAAACCGCUCGGUUGCUACACAACGUCGGGGACGAGAAGGAGUUAGUACAUGACUAUCCAUGGUGGCAGAUGAUUUCCUGCCUCGUCUGUGCAGGGUCUAUCCUCAUCGUUGCUCAAGCCAUCUUGAAGCAGCGAUCUGAUCCGUUGGUCGAUGUCACGACACUAGGCGACGACGCGGAGACAUGUCUGGAAGUCUUUGAGGCUCUGAGCCACAACUCGCAUGGUGCUAGAGCUGCGAUGGGCAUGCUUCGGAAACUCAAGGAACAGAACAUGGUGCAAAUAAUCCCCAAUGAGCCGCACGAAACACAAUUUUCAGCCACACGUCCGAAUCCGGUGCAUCAAUAUCCAUUCCCGGCUGAUUACCAACAGCCAUUGGCAGCAGCAACGGCUUGGCACCCAGAGAGUAUGGGCGGCGCAUCCGAACGAAUGGAUCUUUCUUGGGGAUCAAGUGUACAGAGCACGAAUCCUUGGCCUUUGGAAAUUGGAGAUUCAAUGGCUUGGUCAACUCGUGUAUUCAAUGUUCUCCAGCAGGAGAUGACUGAUGAAAAUCACAGCGAAGUGAUAGAUACUGUGUCCCCGCCUGGGUAG